AUGUCGCCCAAAGACGUCUCCCGCCUCGGCCUCGCCUCGCGCGCCGUACACGCCGACGACGGCAUCUCGGCCCACAGGGCCGUCGCGCCGGCGAUGCACGUGUCCACGACGUUUGCGUACUCGUCUGACCCGGACGCGCUGAAGCGAUGGGACAACACGGACCCAGCCGCACCGCACGACUCGCACGGGUACUCGCGCUACACGGCGCCCAACACGACGCGCCUCGAGGCCGUGCUCUCUUCGCUGCUGGGCGGCCCAGCACUGACCUACGGCUCUGGCCUCGCAGCCUUCCACGCCCUCCUGGUCCACCUGAACCCGAAGCGCAUCGCCAUCGGAGACGGAUACCACGGCGCGUUUGGGGUCAUCCGCAUCCUGACCCGCCUGACGGGCCUCGAGGCCGUCGGGCUCGACGAGCUCGACAAGCUCAGACCAGGGGACGUGAUCCACAUCGAGACGCCGCUUAACCCUACCGGCGAGGCGCGCGACCUCGCCUUCUACUCCGCCAAGGCGCGCUCGCUCGGCGCAUACCUCACUGUCGACGCGACGUUUGCGCCCCCACCCCUGCUCGACCCGUUCGCGUGGGGUGCCGACGCUGUCGUGCACUCGGGCACAAAGUACCUCGGCGGCCACUCGGACUUGCUGUGCGGCGUCAUCGCCGUCGCGCCGCACACGGCCGCGUGGUACGAGGACCUCAAGAACGACAGGUACCUCCUCGGCGGGGUGAUGGGGAGCCUGGAGGGCUGGCUGGGCCUGCGGUCGCUGCGCACCCUGUCGCUCCGCGUCAAGCGGCAGAGCGAGACCGCCACCGCGCUGGUCCAGUGGCUCGAGGCGGAGCGGCUCAAGCCCGACUCGCCGGCAAGUGUCGUCGCCCGCGUGCAGCACGCCAGCCUGCAGCCCGAGGCAAAGCAGGAGGGCAGCUGGCUCCAGCAACAGAUGCCAAACGGCUACGGGCCAGUGUUCGCCAUCUGGCUCCAGACGCCCGACGACGCCCGCCGCCUCCCGUCCAAGCUUGGCCUGUUCCACCACGCCACAUCACUCGGCGGCGUCGAGUCGCUCAUCGAGUGGCGCGCCCUGUCUGACGAGAAGAUCGACGAGCGCGUCCUCCGCGUCAGUGUUGGGGUUGAGGACUUGGAGGACCUCCAGGCGGACUUGCUGGCCGGGUUUGAGGCGCUACGGAGGUAG